AUGGCUGCUACGGCCGACGUGAGCGCCUUAUUAGAGCAGCUAAUCGCGGCCGUCGCAAACGCGGACCCGAAGGACAUACCGCGUUUUGCGACUCUCAAACGUCGCGCGGAGGAGACUGUCAAAGCUGGCGCCCAUGGCCGUGUAGAUCAAUUUGCGGUUGCCAACCAGCUUGACGGCCUGCAGGAGAAAUUUCAAGUCCUCAACAGGGAUGAGCUCGCAGAUGCGCUUCGUACCAGGUUGCUAGAGCUCCAUGAGCAUCGGAGCUCCUGGGCCCCGGAAUAUCUUUCUUUACUGCUGGAGCUUGCGGAUCGUCCGGCGCAAAAUUCGCGACUGGAUCGCAUUGCGAAGCCGAAGCCUCAAGAGGAAGCGGCACCGCUCACUUGGUCCGACUUGGAUGCAGCCGGGUCAGCAUUUUGCGACGAAGACAUCUGGGACUCUGUAGACUACGGAGAUGAUUCUUCUGAUGAAGAUAUUGCUUCCGCUUCCUUGUCCAAUGACACCUACCAUACGCGGCCGACUCAGACUUCUGUAGCUCCAGAAGAAGAUCUCAUGAUCCCUGAUGUGGAACUGACAUAUGGUGAUGAUGAAGAUCUGAUAGCGUCGAUUCAGAAGGCCCAAUAUUGGUCAAGAGACAGUCACUCUGAGGGCGCCCACGAGAUCUUGGUUUCAUGGGCCUUGACGGAACUUGAAGUCAUCAGGGAAGCGAUUUUCAUGCUGCAGGGCCUGCCUACGUCUGUAUUCCGACGGCUUGACGGCAAGAUUGAAGUGGAUAAGGACUACAGCAUCGCGCAUCUAUCCACACAAACAUUCUACUCAGUUCUACGAUUGCUCUGCUCGGUCGGAACCCAAAUUGACGUUCUCAGGCUGUUCGUCCGCACGCCACAAGCUAUCCCCUAUAUGCAAACUUGUCAGCGUGGAUUAGAAGGAUGUCUAAGUAGAUUUGACAGAUUUCUCUCGGAGGAGCAAGGCGAGUAUCUUUCGCCAACGGCAACCACUUCUGUCAGUCUUCUGCAGCUCUUUGAAGGUGUGGGCCGUGAGUCUAGACUUCUCUUGAUUUUGUCAGACCUGGUUUCUGGGCUUGAAACUGCGUCUGUGGACUCUUCCGUUCAUUUCCUAAAUCGUCUUUACGACGCAACCUGCUUGGCCCAGGCGACUGGUGAUGAUGAUGGGUUCACGGUCCUUGCCGACCUGUUCUUUUCGUGUUUUGAAACCUAUGCCCGACCCAUCCGUUCCUGGCUGGACAAAGGUGAACUAGAAGACUCAGUCAAUCAUGGAUUCUUUGUACACCACCAACCGAAAAAUGGAGAUCUGCGAACACUAUGGCAUGACUGGUAUACGCUGGAAGAGCCUUCAAAACUCUCCGCUGUCCCGAUAUUCAUCCAACCCAUCAUGCAUAAGAUUCUUAUAGCUGGAAAAAGCAUGGUUUUUCUGCGGCAUCUGAAUAUGGGCCCAAAGGAUGAAGGUCGGCAAAGCACAUCAGUGACGCUGGAGGACGUCUGUCGCCCAGACUCCUUUGCAUCUUACCUCCCAUUUUCUGCUUUGCUCGAGUCCGCUCUCCAGAAGAUGGUGGAACAGAAUUACGCCACUACAUCUGCACUUCUGAGGAGCAAGUUUGACGAACAGUGCGGUCUGUGGGAAUCACUCCAGGCCCUGGAGCACAUCUACCUUUGCCGGGACGUAAGCAUUUCCGGUCCAAUCGACAGCAGGAUAUUCGACCUGCUUGGGAGAGGGAAAGAUGCAUGGAGCGACCGUUAUCUCCUCACGGAACUGGCACAGAGCACUUUCGGUUCGAUGCCUUUCAUCGACCCUUCACGGCUGAUUGUGCGGUCGACGAAUGUGCUAGAUAGCGAUCGUGGCAGCGGUCGAUCGACGAAUAUGCUCAACGCAAUCUCCUUCGACUAUAUUCUCCCGUGGCCGGUUGCAAAUAUCAUCCCGAAAAGCGCUAUCCACGAUUACCAGCGAAUUUCCAGGUUUCUCAUGCAGAUACGUCGAGCGAAGCAUGCCAUUGUCAAGCAACGCUUGCAGCAUAGCGACCUGAACGACAAGAUCGGAGACGCAAGGAACAAUACGGUCAGCUAUGCUGUGCGACACAACAUGCUCUGGUUCCUGAACGCUAUCUACAGUCACAUGACAGACUUGGUCAUCUCAGCCGCGAUCGCAUCGCUACACAACGCCUUGUCUGCCGCCAUUGACAUUGAUGGCCUGGUAGAGGCCCACCAGAAGUUCAUGCUCUCUCUCAAGGAACAAUGCUUGCUGUCGGAAAAUUUCGAGCUCCUUCAUCAAACCAUUAUCUCUAUUCUUGACCUAUGCGUGCGCUUUGCGGAUGUCCAGUCCACGCGUUACGGCAGAGAUCAUUCUGAAUUCCAGACGAGUUGGCGUGCAGAGAGUCGCAAUCAAGCAUCUGGGUCUCGCAAGGCCCACCGCAUCGACGAUGAGGAUGACCUGACCGAUGAGGACGAGGAUCACCCCGAGAGCGAAACUGCGGAGUCAUUCCACGAGUCGAAGUACCUAGAAACGAUUAAGGAAAUCAAAGGCCAGUUUGAGCAGCUGAUUGCUUCUGUAGCUGUCGGUCUGAAAGGUGUGGGACGUAUUGAUGGCCAAUUGAGCUGGGAUAUGUUGGCCGAGAAGCUCGAAUGGCGAAAGGCGGCAGGCGGACACAUGAUGAUAUGA